AUGGCACCUCUCACACUGAUCACCACAUUGCCGACGUUUAUCACACCCGAGGAGCACAAAAACAUCGUCGCUGCAACGCCUACAUCGUUCGCCGCCAUCCCACCUGUGCUGCGCCAUAGGGAAAAGCACGUCUCGAUCACGCUCGACCCACCAGUGGAAGGAUUUACGCAGGAAGAUUGUGCAGUAGGAACGCUCUACGUGAUUGAGAGCGUGCUGGUGUUCAUGUCCGAAACGGGACGUGGAUUCCAAGUGGAGUACCCGUCCAUAACAUUGCACGCAAUAUCUCGGGCAGAGAGCGGCCCCUCGAUCUACUGUCAACUGGACGAGCAAACGGAUGCCGAAGAGGAGUCAGAGGGGCCCGCUGAAGUAGAUAUUGCAGAAAUGCAGGAACUCAUUAUUGUGCCUCAGAAUGCCUCGGCACUCGAGGACAUAUUUGACGGCCUUUCGGUGUGCGCAUCAUUACACCCCGACCCGGCAUCGCUCGACGAGAUGGACGACGACGACGGCGUGUUUGUCGAUGCCGACCUCGAUACGUUCACGGGCAAUGAGGAGCAGGAGCUCAGCGAUGUCGGGAGGGUGCGCAGCGAUUUCGUCACCAACGCCCGUUACGCGCCGUACUAG